UCUAACGCGAAGUCAUCAAAAGCAGCCAAACGAUCACAUCACAAGAAGCAGUGCUGUCAAGUGCCUGGAUGCAAAUUUGAAGGUUACGAUUUGAAAAGGCACAUCCAGAGCCAUGUAAGAAAAGGAGAGAUCUCCCAGCAGAAUGUAGGCAAAUUGACCUCCAUAAUGUCCCGCGGCCAAAAACAAAGGGGAAGGUCAGCGCAGAGGAACAAAAGUGGACAGCCCAAAAAAGGGCGAUUUAGGAAGUGGUGCCCAGUGCCAGGAUGUGAUAGAACAGUAGUGAAUGUGGGAAGACACCUUUCUUCCAGCAAACAACACAACAUCCAGAAAAAUAGCUCACAUUACGUGAGGUUGCUGAAAACGGCAAAGAGAUACACAGGCACUGCAGAGCUGCAGGCAUACCUUGCAACUUCCAAUGAGAGCGCAGAAUCAGAAGAAGAAGAAGACGACGAAGAAGAAGACCAGAAAGAAGAAGAAGAAGACCAGAAAGAAGAAGAAUUCCAGAUCGAAGAGGGGAGUGAUAAAGGCAGCCAGUCAGGAGACAACAUUGAUGAAAACCAAGAAGCAGACGACGAUGAGGACUUUGAAGAAGAUGACAACGAGGACUCUGAAGAAAGCGAUUAUGAAGACUCUGAAAACGAAAAGGAGACCGCAGAAAAGUUCUUCACAGCAACUAAAUUCAAGAAUAAUCGACAUCAAUGGUUAGUGGGAUUCUACGACUAUCUAUCCCGACCGUCAGCUGGCCACAAAAAAAAAGGCAUCAAACUUCAACAUGCAGGCCAGAUUAAAAAUAUCCUAGAGUUCAUCGACAGCAAGGGUGAUGACAUUAAAUGCUUGGCCAACGAUGAAGGAGAUGCUGUCUGGAAGAGAUUUGUCGUUCCAUCAUUGGAGAGCCAAAGCAAGAAAAGUGGAACGAUCAUCUCCUAUCUCACGAGCUUUGAGAUGUUCCUCAAGUAUGUUACCAACCCGAGGUACAAUAGAUCAGGACCUCCCCUUUACCAAGCCUACAUAGAUACCUUGGUGGCAGUCCUGCCAGAGAUAAAAGGCUGGCGGUCUACCGUGGACUCUCAAAGCCAAGCUGAGAAAAACCAGCGAUGGUUAGAUGAAAGCGCAGGCUUGUUGACACCAGAAGAAAUCACUGCUCUGAAAGAAUCAAGACCCUACUCUGAUGGCAUUAAAGCAAUUAAUGAAGCUGGCCAGGGAAAAAUACUUUCACAACAAGAAUUUACCUCAGCGCGCGACGUUCUGCUUGUGCGAUUUACCACAGACAACGCCACCAGACCCGGCCCACUAAACAACGCCAAACUCAGUGACUAUGAAAAGGCAGAAACAUCUGGCGGCAACAGAAUCAUGCUCAUUCCAAAGCACAAGAGAGCAAAGGAUGGGCCAGCUAUACUUGGAAUGAAGCCUGAUCUCCAAGAUCUUAUGGAAAUCUACGUGAACAAGAUCAGGCCCCAAGUGGCAGAGAGAAACGAAGAUCACUUGUUUGUCACUGUUGAAGGAAAAAAGUUUCCUGAGGGAACAAUUGGAAGGAGAGUUCAAUCUCUCUUUGAAAAAGCCAAAGUUCGAGAUGGCAAGAGAUUCGCACAUGUGAGUGUAAGGAAGUUCGUCACUACAAAGACCAAGGAGAAGGGGACACAACAGGAGGCUGCCAUAGUUCAGAGAGUCAUGGCCCAUUCCUCUGUAACAGCAGAGAGAUCCUAUGUGCGCACCAACCUCACUGAAUUGGGUUCGAAGGCUCUACACAUCAUCGAGCGAGUCACUGGUGAAAAUGAGAACAACAAAAAGGCUGAGUCAGAGGACAGCAGAGCCAAGAAACAGGACAUCAAUGCUACGACAUCCACUCAAGAAAGAUCCGUGACUGUUGAGACUGUAGCAGCCACGAAACCAACCGAUGACUCACAGGACAGCGGAGGCCCAAAAGGAAAUACAGCUGCUGCAACAUCCACUUUGGGAAGAACUGUGAGUGUCGAGACCGCAGCAGCGCUAAAGCCAACCACAUCAUCUACAACUGAGCAAGAGCAAGACUCUGACUGCGAAGGUGACUGUCAAAAAGCUGAACAACCUUCAAACGCCGCUGAAACAGCAUCGAGAUCCAGCUAUUCUGUGUCUCUACUAUCAAGUGAAGUGCUGCCACCAACACCAGGCAGAGCCUUGACGGAUAAGCAAAAGGAAGCCAUAAAGAAAGUGUUUAACCGUGAGAUAACUGCAGGGACAAAGGUUUCGAAGGCAACAGUUCAAAACAGGUGCUGCACCACACCUGUACUGGCAGUCCUGGCAUCCUCACUAAAGAAAGUGAAACAGGUUGUGAACCACGUGAACUACAUCAUUGACAGUAGCCCAAAAAGUCUUCCCACAGAGUUACCAAAGCCAACCACCUCCAAAGUGCAUGGGUGGUUAGACGAAUUUGAUGAUCGCUCAACGAGAUCGAGUGGCAAGAGGCAAGAGUGGGACGAGGCGGAUACCACAGCACUAGAGAAAACUUUUAAAAAGUACCCUUCGUUGCCAUCUACAGCCCAAAUUAAAGGAAUUCUCAGGGACCAAAGAAACCUCGCUGACAUCUUGGAUAGGGAAGGCUGGACAAGAGUUUACACUAAAAUAAAAAACAUUUUCAAAAAAAAAGCUAAAAAAUAG